ACGCAUACUCGCGAUCGUGUACGUUUUGAAGAUCGUUCUUAGGGGUUGAAAAUUGUGACAUCGGAUAAGUGGUUUAUAUACGUGUGAAUGCUUCGAAUUGUGCUAUUUGGUGCUUGGUGAUCGUGCAUUUUGUUUAAAGAAAUUGCGAAAAUAGUGCGAAAAGUGCUCUUUUAACCGUCGGAAUGCUACCGUACAGCUCCUAUGCAGCUGCUAUACAGCAGAUUCAAAGCUUGAACCACGAUUUGGCACUGUUUAGCCAGCACGGUGCACAAUACCUGCAGCAUCCUGAGCAUAGCGCGGCUACGCUGGGUAAUUCGUACUUUGGACUGAACAACUGGUCACUUCCGUUUUCGUUUCUGAAGUCCGUCCAUCGACCGGAAAAGCCACCCUUUUCCUAUAUUGCGCUGAUCGCAAUGGCGAUCAGUAGUGCACCGAAUCAGCGGUUAACGCUCAGUGGCAUCUACAAGUAUAUUAUGGAUAACUUUCCUUACUAUCGUGAAAAUCGACAGGGCUGGCAAAACUCCAUCCGGCACAAUCUCUCGCUGAACGACUGUUUCAUUAAGGUGCCACGGGAUAAGACAUCCGGCGGGGGACAUUCGAAGGGCCAACCGGCAGACGAUCCAUCCGCUAGCGGGGAUGGUGGUGGUGGUGGUGGUGGUUCGGGUGCUGGUGCAGGAGCCGGUGGCAAAGGUAGCUACUGGAUGCUGGACCCGUCGGCGAACGAUAUGUUUGAGCAGGGCAAUUACCGGCGCCGCCGUACGCGCCGACAACGCAACGCCAAAUUGAUCCUGAACGGCCACUUUCAGGGUUCACCGUUUGCGUUGGCCUUUCCACCGGCCGGACUAUCGGCGGGAGAUUUUAUGGGUACGUCAACGCACCUGCCACACGGGCCCAUCACCGGCGGUAGACGAACCGAGGGCACCACCACCGAUCUUCAUCAUCUGAUAGUGCGAAAUGAUUUGAUACAACAACCGUCGGCCGAUCUGUCGGAUCCGGGCAUGGUUUUGCUUGGCCCCGGUUGCUACCAUCACCAUGCGCCCUAUGUCCACGGGGCAUCAUCAGCAUCCGCACUGCUGUCCGCCGGGCUGGUAGGCGAUUCGACAGCUUCCCUCGACCCAACUUCAUUAGCCGAUAAGAACGGGCCGGGUAGGAGUGGGAAACAGCGUGGCAGUUGGUCUCCUUCCGGAUGCCACAUCAAGAAGCGCUGCGAUGACGAAAAGACCCACCCUCAUCCCACCGGAGAUGGGGAUGAAACGAGCGAAGAAUUCUCGGAACUCCCAUCGACACUUUCCGAAGGGGAGUAUGAAAAUGAACUUAACGCAUUAAAUCCGGCCGGCAAACGGCAUCCCUCGGUGCAACGCACCCGAACCAGGAAAAGUGAUAAUUGCUUAGACCAACACGAGCUCUCCGCCUCGGUACCCUUUUCUGCCCACGCGCUCGAUGCGUUCCUGCUCGGCGAACUGAGCGGAUUGCGUGUGAGAGGCUGUGAGUUAACGGCUCCGUUUGCGUACACAAACACCACCCUCACCGGGUCGAGUCCCGACGGGCAAAGUUCCAACUCGGGCGAGUUCCGAACGGUCACUCCGGAUCAAACGGGAUUUGCUGCCUUCUGUGAUGGUUUGUGUAGCACACCUGAGAACGCAUCGCAACCGACACUUCGGCCGGCAGCCAGCAGUGAGAUCUUCGUACCGUCGGAAUACGGCGUGCCAUCCAGAGCUAGGGCCGACUGCCCCGGCGUGCCGGCUGUAACGAACGGGUCCAGUGCAAACAAUCCACGACAGCCAUCCGGUAGCGUCCGGCAGCGCGAAAGUCCGAAAGUUGGAUCACCGGUUGCAGUGACGGACCGGCUCGUCGUACGGGGCACAAAAGUUGGUAGCUUAAAGUCAAGCAACUUCACCAUCGAAAGUAUUAUGCGAAGGGACUAGCCUUGGUGGGCCAUUUUACAUCCAUGCACCUCACCGGAAGCAGGGGAAGAGGGUUCUGUUGGGAGGAGCCAACCAGCACCCGGUGUUGACAGUAGCUUAAGUCGACAAACUAACUAGUCAGGCUAUGGUUUUCGAGAAAUAAAUUCGUUCGACGGCUCGGUCAGUGUGUGGGUCAUCUGUGAGGAGGAUGACGAAUAGGUCGACAGCCUCGAGGGAUUGGUGGAACGAGGUAGAAUUUCCUACCGGUUAAAUCGUUUUGUGUUUUUUUUGGCUACGUUUUGGGUCCCUUUGUGGGAGAUGAUGCUGUCAAAUUUGGCAUAAAAUUGAAAAGUACAUUCGAAUUUCAGAGAGCGAGAGGAUGCUCUCGGUUUACUGUUGCUAGUGUCAAAGCAAAUAAAUGGUCAUUAAUUUCCGGGUGACAGAUGGGUGACAGUGUAAUGGCUGGAGAGCUACAUUAGUGGUU